AUGGGAUUCGACAUUGAGACUGCGCGCAUUACUGCAUUGCCUGAUGAGGCUUUCUACAUAUCGGAUUUUAUAAAUGAGGGAGAGGAGAGCAGGUUGUUACAAAAGGUUAAAUCAGCGCCUCUACCACGCUGGACCCAGCUCUCACGUCGCAGACUCCAGACAUGGCCUUCGGCACUGACAGAAAGCAAUGCGCUACUGGCAUCGCCACUCCCAGACUGGCUCAGAGACCCAAUCAUUGAGCCCCGCUUCAAUGAACUGGGCUUGUUCAAUGACGCGCCCCAUCAAGCACCCAAUCAUGUUCUGGUAAACGAGUACUGUCCCGGACAGGGAAUCAUGCCACAUGAAGAUGGCGCAGCAUACUUCCCCCUCGUCGCAACAGUGAGUCUGGGAGCACCGAUUGUGCUCGACAUGUACGACAAGCAUGCUCAAAAUGAUACAGCAGCCAAGGCUGGAGAUGCUAGGCCCAUAGAAAAUGGACCCCGGUACAGGAUCUUGCAGGAGAGACGGAGUCUGCUUGUUACAAGGGGCAAGAUGUACACGGAUCUUCUGCAUGGGAUUGCGGAAACGAGAAGAGAUGAGAAACUUGGUCCGGAGUCUAUCUGCAACUGGGAGCUAUUGCGAGACAAGGAAGCCUACCAGCAAGGAUGGUUCGAGCGCGAGACAAGGACGAGUCUCACGUACCGAGAUGUGCUCCAUGUUGCGAAGAUAGGGAAUACCAUGAAGUUUCUGAGAUAA